CCAUUUCACACUCAGACAGCAGUCCCCAACAUCCUUUCCUUCUAUCACUCUUACGCCCCUCUCAGCCCUGCGCCAUCGCAUCUCUCUACCUCUCUCUCUCUCCGCCUUCAGCCACCGCAUCUCUCUCCCAGUCUCCCACUGUUGUCAGUCUACUGUCUCCUUCGCCGACCCAAAAAAAAAAAAAGAAAAAAAGAAAAAGGAAAAUUGAUUGGUUGACCGAUGAACCAUAACCGGGCCAAGUAGACCGAUUGUCUCAACUGAUUCGAAUCGGACCGAACCGAUUUUGCGCCUCUUAGGUUCCCUUUGCCCAGUUACCCAUUGGCGCCAAUAUGUGAAAUCAGACGUCUUUAAGGAGAGUAGCGCGCAAAUUUCUCUUCUUUCUCUCUUUCAAUUCUGUUUGUUUCUUAGACCUCUAUUCCCACGACAAAACAUCUUCAUUCAGUUCUUAAUUUAUAUGAAGAGAUUUUCGCUCGCGUUCGAAUUUGCGAAUACAACUAAAUCUACAACCUCCUCGAACUUGCGGGUUAAAUUUUGUUGGGGUCAGGGGGAUAUUGGUUCGUUUCUCGCUCCCUUUCAUAGAUUUCUCUGAAAAGGCAUUUAUUCUGUUCCCUGUUCUGGUUCUGGCGGCGUUCAAAUGGCAAACAGUAAGUAUGAGUACGUGAAGCUGUUCGAAGUUGAUGAUGAGGUGAUGCUGCCCAAUUUGAUCGUCGUUCGAGUUGAUGGUCUUGAUUUUCGAAGGUUUUCUUAGUUCUCUGAAGUUCAUGGAUUUGUGAAACCAAAUGACGAAAAGGCUUUGGAGUUGAUGAAUUGCUGUGCAAUGGCCACAAUGGAAAUGUUUUCAGAUGUAAUAUUUUCAUAUGGAUUUAAUGACGAGUACAGUUUUGUCUUUAAGAAGACAUCAAAAUUCUACCAAAGGCGUGCCAGCAAAUUAUAUUCGCUUGUCGUAUCUUUCUUUACCUCAGUAUAUAUAACAAAAUGGCAAGAUGUCUUUCCUCAGAAGAACUUGAGAUACACACCAUCAUUUCGUGCACGUGUAGUAUGUUGUGCUUCUAUAGAAGUUCUUCAAGCAUAUCUUGCUUGGAGACAACAAUUCUGUCAUAUCAGUAACUUGGACAAUACAUGCUUUUGGAAACUGGUUGAAUGUGGGAAGACAGACAGGGAAGCCCAUGAUUUUCUGAAGGUUACGGAGAAGAAAGAGAAGCACGAGCUGCUUUUUCAAAAGUUCAAUAUUAAUUAUGCAAAUCUUAAUGCAAUUUUUCGUCAAGGAUCCUGCAUCUUGACGACAAAGGUUGAAGAUAUUGUGAAGUACCAUGAAGAUGGCACCCCUGUUAAGAGAUUACGGAGAAAAGCGACAGUGAUUCAUUCACCAAAUAUUGCUGGACGAAGAUUUUGGAAUGAACAUUCCAUUCUUUUAAAGGAGCUAGGCGCUUUCACAACGGACAUUGAUAAAAUAAAUCCAGAUUAUGUUAGGUCCUUCCAAGUUGAGAACAAACUAAUGCCGUCGACAUGGAUAGUUAUAAGAAUAGAUGGCUGUCAUUUUCACAGAUUUUCCGAAGUUCAUGUGUUUGAAAAGCCAAAUGAUGAGCACGCUUUGAACCUUAUGAAUUCAUGUGCAGUCGCUGUGAUGGAGAAACUUUCUGACUUUGUCUUCUCCUAUGGCGUUAGUGAUGAGUACAGCUUUGUAUUGAAGAAGGAUUCUCAAAUUUAUGGACGUGCAGCUAGUGAAAUAGUGUCCGUCAUUGUAUCAUUAUUUUCUUCCCUUUAUGUAAUGAAAUGGAGAGAAUUCUUCCCACAUAAAGAGCUGAAGUACCCACCUUCAUUUGAUGGACGAGCUGUUUGUUAUCCUACGCGUGAGAUCCUUCGGGACUAUCUAGCAUGGAGACAAGUUGAUUGUCACAUAAAUAAUCAGUAUAAUACAUGUUUCUGGGAGCUUGUUAAGUCCGGAAAAAGUAAAAGUGAAGCUCAAGCCUGCCUCAAGGGUACUCAAACACAGGAGAAGGAACGCUUGCUUAACUUACGAUUCAAUAUUUCUUAUAACGAGUUACCACUCAUGUUUCGUCAAGGUUCUUCUGCAUUCUGGGACAAGAAAGAUGCCACAACGGUGGACAAGAAUCCAGAUGCUUGUUGUAAGAGAAAAAUUGUUGUUGUGCAUUCUAAUAUAAUUGAACCUAGUUUUUGGGAAGAUCAUCCAUGGAUACUUGACUGAGAAGCAUGGCUUACUUAAAGAAGAGUCUCCCUCUGUAAUUGUAAAGAAAUAUUGAUUUUGUUUAUCAGUUAGAAGAAACAAUUUACACUUCUGGCUUCAUGAAAUUUCGAUAUUUGGUUAAGUUAAAAUUGAUAUUUUUGUUCUC